AUUCAUUUCUUAUCACUGCUGCCAAAGAGGAAAGGGAUAUAAACUGUGGCCAACUCCAAAUCAGCUACAGUAAAUAGAAUUUUGAAAUCUCCAGUUCAAUUUAGGUAAAAACGAAGAAUUUCGGGAAGGAAGAGGAGAAUUUAUUCAGCUCAGCAGUUUCUCUCCCCCUUGAGUUUCUAAGGGUUAUAUUUAUGCUCUUAGGGAGAUUUUGCUUAAGAAGGGAAGGGCAUGUCUUCCAAAAUGGAAUCCAUGAAAAGUGAUGAUGAAGAUAUUAGCUGCGGGCUUUUAUUGCGCGACAUUGAAGAAAUUAGCAAAGCCCUUUACUUGCAUAAAAGCCCCCGAGAUUCAUUUAAUUCUACGUAUGACUACCACCGAGACGUGGCUGCUAAAACUGGCGUCUCAGAGUCCAAAUCUGAUGUCAUUAUUCGAGAUUCAUUACAUAAGGACAAAAAAUCAUCAAUUUGGAAAUGGAACCCUAUAAAGGCAUUGACCCACACCCGGAAUCAGCGGUUCAAUUGUUGUUUCUUUUUGCAUGUCCAUGCUAUUGAAGGACUUCCAACUUACUUCAACAACCUUAAGUUGUGCGUGACUUGGAAACAGAAGGCCAAUAUGUUGCGAACUCAACCUACUCAGGUCUGUUCAGGAAUGGCUGAGUUCGAAGAGACUCUCUUGCACCAAUGCAGUAUUUAUGUAGGUAGAAAUGGGCCCCAUGGUACAGCAAAAUACGACCCCAAGCUCUUCUUGCUUCACGCUUAUGUUAUAGAUGCACCGUCACUUGAUAUAGGGAGCCGCUGGGUUGAUCUAACGAGGUUGCUUCCCCUUACUCUGGAGGAAUUAGCAGGGGAUAAAAGUAGCUCAGGAAAGUGGACUACCAGCAUUCAGCUCACAGGCCCGGCUAAAGGUGCAGUUUUAAAUGUUAGCUUUGGCUUUUCCAUAUUUGAUGGUAGCUCAUUGGAGCCUGGCUAUCUUGCCAAAGUUCCUGAUAUUACUAAGGAAGGUGGACUAGAUUAUCUAUCUGACUGUGAUAUUAGUAGAAAGAACCAAUUUAACAAUCACGGUACUGUUCCAGUGAUGCCACUCGAAGGGUCCUAUCAACACUCCCAGUCGGAAAAAUUAAAAUUACUUGAUGAAAUGUUCCUAAGGCAAGGGACAGAACUUUCUCAAUCUGUCUCUUUGUUGCAUCAGAAACUUGAUGAGAAAAAGAUGGGUGAUCACACAGAGUUUGACUUCUACAGUCACGUUGACUCUAACCCCUCACCUGAGCCUGAGUAUGUGAGUGGCCAGACUACACACGAGUUUGAUGUCACUGAAAUUGGUGUAAUUGAGCAGGGUAUAGAGGUAUCAUUGAGGGAUAAAAUCAAACCAGAAAGUAGUAGUAGUAAGAGGUUUGACUCUUCUGUAAUUGAAACAAUUGAUGUUGCUGAAAUUUUCAAGGGAGAGGAGGCCAGUUUUGUUGAGUAUAUUGAAUGGAACUCGAAGCUAGAUGUGGAUAAUCAUGACGAUGAGUCUGAGUGUGCAACUGAUGGUCCUGGACACAGAGAUAGUAGUGCAUUUAUUAGUGAACCAGCCUUUGAAGAAGUUGAUUUAGAUUUCUUUGAUCUGCUAAUGACUAAACCAUCAGACUUAGAUUCUCUGCUAGAUAGCAGCACAUACAAUGAGCUUCGGAUGUGCAUGAGAUCCGAGUCUAGAAACAGAGCUCAAAGAUUGAGGAGAUCACAUAGCUUGGAUGACCUUGUGCUUGCAGAAUCAAUAGAAAAUGAUUUUCUCAACAUGUUGAGCAUUGACCAGGAUAUAGAAGGUGUAGUUUCUGGUAGUGGCCAUGACUCGCCAAGAGAUAUCCUCGGACUGUGUGAAGAGGAUCCCGUAGCUUGGGGAGUUUCCGUUCUCAAUGCUGAUCUGAUGGCAGAGGAGGAAUCAUGUAGCUUUACUCCUGCUGGCUAUGAGAAAGUGGCAUUUUCAGUUGGUCUUGAUUUAUCAUUUCCCAUUCCAUCUGUUGAAAAGAAUCACCGAAGUUCAGACCAAUCUUUAAGGGAAAAAAGAAAUGCUGAAAUGUUAGAGAACUUGGAAACAGAAGCUUUAAUGCAUCAGUGGGGCCUGACAGAGAAAGCAUUUCAGUAUUCGCCACGUGCUACCUCUGGUGGAUUUGGAAGUCCGGUCUAUCUCCCUGCGGAAGAACCCUUACAGUUGCCCCCUAUUUUGGAAGGCAAAGGUCCAAUGGUUCAGAUGAAGGAUGGUGGUUUCUUGAGGUCAAUGAAUCCCUUGCUUUUCAGAAAUGCAAAUAAUGGUGCUAGGUUAAUCGUGCAAGUUUCUGCUCCAAUUGUGCUACCCUCAUCAAUGGGAUAUACAACAUUGGAAAUAAUACGAUGUUGGGCAUGUUUAGGAGUUGAAAAGAUGUGUUUACAGGCAAACAAAUUGAUGCCUCUGGAAGAUGUCACGGGGAAGACAAUACAGCAGGUGCUGGAAGAAGCAGAAUUAGCAUCAAAUGCUUCCAAUAGAUGGGAUGAGUCGUCUGUUGUGGAGAAGAAAACGGCGAAAUAUCAGCCACAUGGCAGGAGUUAUGAUUCCCUAUACUCUUGCUCCAACGCGGAUCAGAUUGAUUCUGAUUAUGUGUCGAUAGAAGAUCUUGUUCCCAUGGCUAUAACAAACAUUGAAGGACUUUUAGUUGAAGGGCUAAAGAUUCAGGCUGGCAUGCCCGAUCAGGAACCGCCUUCUAGCAUUAAGAUCCAUCAUCCUUUGACCCCAUUCUCCUCAAGAAAGGCUUCAGAACCUUCUAGUAAAUUUGGUUACGUAAGAGCUUCUGACUUGUCAAUUCUUGAUGCCGAUGAAUUAAUCAAGUGUUCUUUGUCAUUGGAGGAAUGGCUGAGGUUGGAUUCUGGUCAACUUCAUAUUAAAGAAGCAGGUCAUGAAAAUAUGUUGAAACCUUUUGCAGCUCAUUGUGCUGAGCAUCUAGAAUUGGGCAGUGAUGAGCUGAAAAUGGAUGAUGAAAUGGUGAAGCUGUUAGAUAGGAGCGGUGGUGCUUUUGGUGAAAACUUCAGAAUGUGCUUAAAAGUGCAGCUUAGAGACCCGCUACGUAACUAUGAGGUGGUGGGUUCCCCUAUGCUAGCUCUGGUUCAAGUGAAUCGGGCUUAUUCGCCACCACAACCAGAAGUGAUCAAACGAGAAGAUGAAGAAGCUGAUUCUGAACAUGGUAGACAGAAUAUCUAUCAACCAAUGUUCAAAGUCUCAGAAGUCCGUCUUGCUGGAUUCAAUGUAGCGCGGCAUGGUGAUAAGCAGGUUUGGGGAAGUAGCAGGCAACACCAAUCUGGAUCGCGCUGGUUGCUCUCGAGUGGUAUGUCAAAGUCCAAGAAGAGUACUGUCUCAAACUCUAACAUAGUUGUGAGAUCAUCAUCGGGAUUAGUGAGGAAGGCGAAAUCCGGAGAUGUUUUGUGGAGCAUUUCGGUUCCCAUUGAAGGCCAAGCAGCUACAUGGGAUGAAAGUAUUGCCUUAAAUGUUCAUGUAAGAGAUCCUGAUAUUAUUUUCCCAUAGAAUCUGCCUAGUGAUGAAAAAGGAGCAGAAGAAUAGCUUCUUUAAUUUAUUAGUAAUAGAUAGGUUUUGAAAAAUGUAACAAGAUUUGCUGCACAUAGCAUCACUGUACAAAAUUCUUCAUAAAUUACCAAUCCAUUGUGUUUUUCUACUGACUA